CACACACACACAGGAUGGUGCAGAAAGGCCAGAGCUGUCGUCUCCUCAUCAGCUGCAUGAUGUUUAUCGCGCUAACAGUCGCUCAUGGUCAGGAGAGCAAGAGGCGUGCGGUGACGGAGCAUCAGUUGAUGCAUGAUCGCAGUCGCUCCAUUCAGAGUCUAAAGAGACUGAUCUGGCUCUCUAGCGCCAUCGAGAGGCUGCACACAGCAGAGACGCGUUCCUUAUCCUCCUCUCUCUCCUUCAGCAACAGUGAUGUUGAUGAUGAUGAGAGUAAUGAUGAGGAUUCUUCUAGAUAUCACCCUGUGAUAGACAGCAGUGUCCACCAGGGGGCGCUGGAGCUGCUGCUAAGAGACAUGUACAGGGCCCAGGCUCCAUCAGGGAGAAACCAGAAAGCCAACAUUCUGCAGUAACUCCAGCUCACAGAGAGGAGCGACAGCUCGCACCAGGACCAACGGGCAGAGGGGUUCACGCAGGCUCUUCAGAAAACCACAGGAGUGAACUGUAAGCCAAAAUGACACAAAAAAAACCCUAAAAAAAAAAAACUACAACGCAAAAAGAAUGACUACCAAAUACCAACACCAACUCUACCUGAGUGGAAAGACACCCAAAGAAAACGAAACUUCAUGCAACAGACAGAAAAUAGAUAGAAUUAAAAUCCAAAUAAAUAAUAAACUGCAAUACAUCCUACAAAACCUGAAAACUAAUUCUUAUACUUGGCCCAGAAACAUUUAUAAUAUCAGUAAAAAUAAUAUCUGUAUAAGUAACUGAAGAGAAGCCUGAGCGCAGCGUCUGUCCUUCACUCGUCUGCAGGAUUUACUCAGUGUGAUGUCACUAAUCAUUUGUACAUCAUGUAAAACAGAAACUGUGAGCUCAUAAUGUGGAACUGUGUGAUGAAAUGGAAAACUCUGUGUGUUUAAUUAGAUCUACAAUAAACUUGU